CACAAGUUUGAUAGAGCAUUUUAUAUAUACGUGGUUUUCCAAUAUUGUUAUUCAAAAUUCCAAAAUUUUGGUGUAAUGAAGGCAACUCUCAAAUAUUUGGCUGGCAUUGCUGGCCCAAGUGGUUAUGGUUCUAAAACAACUGCUGAACAGGCUACUAAAGAUUUCUCUAAUUCCUCUAAUUCUCAACUCACUGCAAUUAUCACUGGCGCAACAUCAGGGAUUGGAGCAGAAACAGCAAGAGUAUUAGCAAAAAGGGGUGUAAGAAUAGUGUUACCAGCAAGAGACUUAAAAAAAGCAGAAAUUUUGAAGGAAUUUAUACAAAAAGAAACUCCAAUGGCUCAAAUUAUAUUGUUAGAAAUUGAUUUGAGUUCAUUUGCUUCAAUUCAGAGAUUUUCUGCUGAGUUUUUGUCUUUACAACUUCCACUUCACAUCCUCAUAAAUAAUGCAGGGAAAUUUUCACAGAAAUUGGAGUUUUCUGAAGACAAAAUUGAGAUGACUUUUGCUACAAACUACUUAGGUCAUUUUCUAUUGACAGAGUUGUUAUUAGAGAAAAUGGUGGAGACAGCAGAAGGGUGUGGGAUUGAAGGAAGAAUAGUGAAUGUUACUUCAGUAGUUCAUAAUUGGGUGAAAAGAGAUCAAUUCCGUUUCUCCCAAUUGCUCAAUCCUAAAAAAUAUUAUAAUGGUACUCGUGCAUAUGCUCAAUCAAAAUUAGCCAACAUUUUACACGCAAAGGAAUUGUCAAGACAACUAAAGGCAAGAAAUGCAAAUGUAACUAUCAAUGCAGUCCAUCCUGGAAUUGUAAAAACUGGAAUUAUCAGAGAUCACAAAGGCUUUAUCACUGAUUCUCUCUAUUUUAUGGCAUCAAAGCUUCUAAAGUCAACAUCACAGGGUGCAGCAAGCACAUGUUAUGUAGCAUUGAGCCCACAAACAGAAGGGAUGAGUGGGAAAUACUUUGCAGACUGUAAUGAAAGUCACUCUUCAGUUUUAGCAAAUGAUGAAAUUGAAGCUCAUAAACUUUGGAAGGGUACUCGUGUUCUUAUCCAUAGAAGAUUUCUUCCACAUGUAAAUUCAUAAACCAAAAAAAAAAAAAGAUUAGUUUUUGUACAUGUUAAAUUAAUAAAAAUAGAUAUACUUUGUUGUAUAUCCAUAUAAUAUAUGAUGAUAGAUGAAAAUAUGAUACAAGUAUAGUAGUUUGUCCAAUUGUUAGCCAACUGAUGGAGUACAAAUGUUAAGUGGAAAUAAUGAAGAAUCUUCUUUUAGUGGUCCA